AUGGGUCUCUCGGCCAAUAAAGCCCCAGGCCGAGAUACGAGGCAGGAUAGAUCCCUGCUGUCCAUUCCCCUCGACGAGGAGACGGGUUUGCCACGAAUGUACGACGCCCGCUUCGCAAGGUGGCUGCUCGACCAAGUGGCAGGUAUCGCGUCGGCUUUAGCUUUAAUACACAACAUGAGGGAAGAAGAGCCUGGGGAAGCCCCCGAAAAAGCCAUCCCUGGGCCGGCAAUGGGGACUUGGGCACCCCCAUCGAGACUCACCGAGUCACGAGCAACAGGAUACCAUCGCGACAUUAAGCUUGACAAUAUCCUUGUUUGUGAGAGUCACAAGCACGAAUAUGGAAUUCUAAAGCUAGGCGACUUUGGUUCGGCCAGCAUAAAAGAGCUCAGACGGUGUAAAGCAUAUAAGUUUACUACGUCUCAGUACGCCGAAAAUCCCGACGGCGCCGAGACUUACGACUCACCAGAUCGUCAUAUACACGGGCAUACAUCUCGCAAGACAGACUUGUGGGCACUGGGCUGCGUCUUUCUCGAACUUCUACUCUGGUGUUUUGAUUCUGAGUUUACAGUAGACGGGUUUUCUGAUUUGAGGACCAAGGAGAAAGGAUUUGGAGAGAAGAGCCGGUCUGACAAAUUCUGGGGCAAAGCAAACGCAGGUUCUGGCUAUGCUUUGAAGGACUGCGUCCAGAGAAAACUUGAAUUUCUGAGUGAAGAAUGUAGGGACAGGCCCAAAACCCCAGGUCGAAGUCUGGCUGCAGUGUACCAAGCAGAUGCUUCCCAUUGA